GGAAAAGUAUUUUCCUUUAAUCUUAUGAAAGCUACAAUAGCUUUAGAUGAUAUAUCCUAGCGAGUUUGAAGUCAGCGGUAUAAAAUGUCAUUUUCGGUGAUGGAUCUUGAAUAGAAAAUAAUGAAGUAAACAAUAGAUGGGAGGUUCUGUGACAACUGAAACAAGGACAAUGUCAAAGUACUUGGCAAUUGAACAGAAAUAUUAAACUAUUUCUCACAAUAGAAUUUGUCAACGGAUUCAUCCUCUUGAAGAAGCUCAGUCUGGGAAUGAACAAAAAAGAGAAGAAAAUGGCAUGGACAAGAUGGGAAUUUCCUUUGUUUCUGAUGCUCGGAACGAUGCUUUUAACGCAAGUCUCUACUGCAAGUGAUACUUUAACGCAAUCUCAAGAACUGUCGCUUAAUCAAACGCUUGUCUCUGCUGGAAAAAUAUUUGAGAUGGGCUUCUUCAAUCCAAGUAGGUCGAGCAGAAUAUAUCUCGGUAUGUGGUACAAGAAUAUCCCUGGUCAAAGGAUUGUAUGGGUAGCAAACAGAGAAAAUCCACUCCCAGCUUCUGACUCUGCCACAUUCUUAAAGAUUGGAGGUGAUGGGAACCUCAGAAUUGUCGAUGGCAACCAAAAUACCGUUUGGUCAACCAAUGUGUCUGUCGUUUCUAAUAAAACAAUUGGUGUACUUACAGACAAAGGGGAACUCAUUCUUAAAGACAGCGUCUCGGGAACAUCUUUGUGGAAUAGUUUUGACUAUCCUUGUGAUAUCUUGUUAUCAGGAAUGAAUGUUGGAUACAACACCAGGGCUGGCGUGAAACUUGUUUUAUCGUCCUGGCAGGCUGAAGACGAUCCAUCGCCUGGAAAGUUCAUUGCUGGACUUUCGGUAGAAAUGCCACCUCAAGGUUUCAUUUGGACAAAUCACUUGAGGCCUUUCUACAGAGGUGGCCCAUGGGUUGGGGGGAACUUCAUAGGCAUACCCGAUGGCAGUGAGGGGUCUCCAAAUACUGUAAAUGUAAUAGUAAACAAGCAACAGGAAUCUGCCUUUCUCCGUUUGAAUACUUCUGACGAUCCUUAUGUUACAAUCGUGGUCCUAAAUCCAUCAGGGCUAUUGCAGAUGAUGGUAUGGGAUGAAGAACUGAAUGCAUGGAUCGACUCGUGGAAGGUACCAGAGAAUCCAUGCGAUUUUUAUGGAAUUUGUGGUCCUUACAGUGUUUGUGACAAGAAUAAGUCUCCGGUCUGUGAUUGCUUGAGAGGAUUUGUACCAAAGUCAACUGAUGAAUGGAUCAGAAGAAAUUGGACUGGUGGCUGUAUGAGGCAAACUAAACUUCUAUGUGAAAUCAGUACAAGUGAUGUAGCCCCAAAGGUAUCCAAAAACGACAAGUUUUUGCAACUGAGUAAUAUGAAAUUGCCAGAUCACUUUAUAUAUUUAAAUGAUCAAAACGGCGCUCAGAACUGCGAAAACUGGUGCCUGAAUAACUGUUCCUGUACAGCCUAUGCAUAUCCAGAUGGAAUUAAUUGCACAGUUUGGACUUCAGAACUUAUGGAUGUUCAGCAUUUUCCGUAUGAUGGCGUGGAUUUGUUCCUUCGUCUUGCUUAUUCUGAACUGGAUGAAGAUAAUCAGAAGAAAGAACUUAUCAUCGGCUUCACAGUGGCUUCAAGCAUUUUCAUAUUGGGAAUCCUUGGAUGCAUCUUCUGCAGGUGGAAAGCAAAUCAAAGAGAAUCAGGAUAUAGACGAAAUAGGAUUAAAGACCACAUUCCGUCUGAUAACUGCCAGCAUUCAAGAGAAAUGUCUAUGAACAAUCUGUGGGAAGAUCAAACAUUGCCAAAAGAUUCAUCAGAACUACCGCUUCUUGAGUUUGCUAAACUGGCUACCGCAACUGAUAACUUCAGUGAAAUAAAUAAGAUUGGAGCAGGAGGAUUCGGCCCUGUUUACAAGGGAAAACUAGAAGAUGGACAAGUGAUAGCUGUGAAAAGAUUAUCUAGUCACUCAGGACAAGGAAUUGAAGAGUUCAAGAAUGAAGUCCUGCUAAUCUCCAAACUGCAGCACAGGAAUCUCGUCAGAAUAUUGGCCUAUUGCGUUCACGGAAAAGAGAAGUUACUAGUUUAUGAGUAUAUGGCUAACGGAAGCUUAGAUACGUUGUUAUAUGAUUCUAAAAAGAGCCAUCAGCUUCCGUGGACAAAACGCUUCAACAUGAUUGAAGGCAUUGCUCGAGGGCUUGUUUACCUUCACCGUGAUUCUUGUUUAAGGGUCAUUCACCGAGAUCUGAAGGCAAGCAAUGUUCUCUUGGAUGAUGAUAUGAAUCCAAAAAUUUCAGAUUUCGGAUUGGCCAGAACUUUUCAAGUUACUCAAGAGCUAGCAAACACUAACAGAAUAGUGGGAACAUUCGGUUAUAUGCCACCAGAGUAUGCAAUGGGAGGACUAUUUUCUGAGAAAUCUGAUGUCUACAGCUUUGGCGUAUUGCUGCUAGAGAUUGUCAGUGGAAAGAGAAACAACGGGUUUUAUGAGCAUGAAAGGCAUCUUAACCUUCUCAGUUAUGCGUGGCAUCUAUGGACUGAAAGCAAAGGACUAGACUUAAUGGAUAAAUCAAUUUUGGACUCGCGUUCCUCCAUAACGGUGCUGAGAUGCAUGCAUAUUGGCCUGCUUUGUGUCCAAGAUCAUGCUGCUGAUAGACCUUCAAUGCCGUCUGUUGUCUUUAUGCUAAGUAGUGAGACGGAUUUGCCUGAACCAAAGCAACCUACAUUCAUAUUUCAAAGAUGGUUGAAUUCUGAUAACCAAUCACAAACCAGCCCACCUCAGUCUGUUAAUGAUAUUACCUUCUCUGUGGCAGAAGGCCGAUAACCAAUUCAAGAGGUUGCAUGCACCGUUUUAACAUAUGUACAUGGCUUGUCUUAGUUACUAAUAUCAUCUGAUACCAUGUGCAAACAUGACUUGGGAAUGUGGGACUUAAUAUACUUGUAACCAUGUGUUUUGUUAUUGAAAUUAAAGUUCAGUGUUAUGUUUGUUUAAAACGGCCACUAGGUACAUGUUAUACCGCUCUUGGUCUAAGCUCUUAUCUACAUACUAUAAAUAACUUUUUUUGUUCUUGGUUUCUAUCACCAAUUAUUAUU